ACACGCUUUUUACGCCUGUCUUGUAGGUCCCUGAAGUGCACAUCUUCGGUCAGACUCUACCAGUCGAUCACCGAUCACGCAGCAGAAGAGCUUCAAGAUGGCGCAGGCAAUAUUUGAAGUGCUGGAAGGAAUGGACAACCAGACGGUGUUGGCAGUCCAGUCUCUGCUGGACGGCCAAGGCGGAGUUCCAGACCCAAACAACCAGAACGUCUCUGGGACACCCACGAUCCAGUCUAUGGAUGAUGAGGACGUCUUCCUGUGUGGGAAGUGUAAGAAACAGUUCAACUCUCUACCAGCGUUUAUGACACACAAACGGGAGCAAUGCCAGUCCAGCGCCCCCUCCCUAUCCACGGUGUCACUGGCUUCCACCAACGCCUACACCCCCGUUCCGUCCAUCAGCUCUGGGCCACAGACCCCCGCCAACAGACAGGUUUCCACAUACAUCACAGUACCUCCAUCCCCUCUGACUCACACUCUGGUCCAAGGGAACGUGCUGGUCAGCGAUGACAUCCUUAUGUCGGCCAUCUCCGCCUUCACCUCCAUUGACCAGCCAAUGGCCACCAUGCAGACACCCAUACAGAGCAACCUGAGCAUGCACACAGCUGGUGUGUCUUACCUUCAGCACCAUCAUCACCACCAUCAUCAUCAUCAUCACCAACAGCAGCAGCAGCAACAACAGCAGCAGCCGUCGCAGCCCCUGUCCUCAGGCCCGACAUCAGCCCACCCUCUGCCAGCGGUCCCACCCCCCCAACAGCCUCUGUCCUCACAGGUCCCAGCAAGCCACAGCAAUUCAGUGGUGCAGGUGUACAGCACACUACCCCCUAUGGGCGGGGGUGGCGGUGCAGAGAUCCACACACUGGGUCUGCAGCCAUUUCAUCCUGUACAAGUGCCCAGUCAGUGUGUGGGGAGCCAGUCCUUCACCACCACCCCUGUCUACAGCCCUGGGAAGCAGGGCGCCAAAACCAAGACCUGCAGCAUCACUGCCAACCUGACUGAGCUGGGUGACUUUGAAAAAGUCAUCAUUCCCAAACGACCAAGGACGAGCAAAAAAGGCCCUGAUGGAGCCACAGCGGAGCAGCUGAAAGGAAAAGGUCCAAAGCUCAAGUGUAAUUUUUGUGACAAAAUCUUCUCAAAAAACUUUGAUCUUCAGCAGCACAUUAGGAGUCACACAGGAGAGAAACCUUUUCAGUGCAUCGUAUGUGGACGAGCCUUUGCCCAAAAGUCCAAUGUGAAGAAGCACAUGCAGACACACAAGGUGUGGCCUAUGGGUGUGGCCAGCACUGUGUCCAGGUUACCAGUCACAGUAAAGGUGGUCCCGGUAUCGUCCAAUGAGGGCGACGGGAACGAGGAGCAAGAGCAGGGUGAACAGGAGGAGGAGCCACAGCAGCAGGCCAGCCAAUCACAGGCAGAGGAAGAGACAGCUCAAACAGAAGGUCCACGGGAGUUGGGGGAAAGUACAACGGAGACACGGGCCGAUACCGAAGUCAGCCAAGGGGAAUCUGCUCAGAACGGUCAUCCUCAGGUCCAGACACCGGUCCAGUCCAAUCAGAACCAACAGUGCCAAACCCAGACCAAACAGAUUGUGGUGAUCGACAGCUCCUACCAGUGCCAGUUCUGCCCCAGCAAAUUUAAGACCUACUUUCAGCUCAAGUCGCACCUGACGCAGCACAAAGGAGAGCAGGUGUAUAAGUGUGUCCUGAAGUCCUGCUCCCAGACCUUUCAGAAGUUGGACCAGUUUCUGGAACACAUUCGGACACACCAGGAGCAGCUGACCUACCGCUGCCACCUCUGUAGUAAAGUGUUCCCGUCACUGUUUGAACUGGGAGUCCAUCAGUACUCUCACUGCUUCUGUCCGCAGCAGAACACCCGCAAGGAAACCACUGUCUACAGGUGUGUGAAAUGUCAAAGCAGAUAUUCUACCCAGGAGGCUCUGGAGCAACAUCUACUGACUGCGUCACACAACUUCCCCUGCCCACACUGUCAGAAGAUCUUCCCCUGUGAGAGGUACUUCAGACGCCACCUCCCCACUCACGGUGUCGGAAGGAGGUUCAAAUGUCAGAUCUGCAAGAAGGCAUUCAAGACUGAACACUACCUCAAACUGCACACACGCAUCCACUCAGGUGAAAAACCGUAUAAAUGUUCCCUCUGUGAGGCGACUUUCAACAGGAAGGACAAAGUGAAGCGACACAUGCUCAUCCACGAACCCUUCAAGAAGUACAAGUGUCCCUUCAGGACUCAUGUUGGUUGCACCAAAGAAUUCAACAGACCAGACAAACUGAAAGCACAUAUUCUGUCUCAUUCUGGUAUCAAGCCCUAUAAGUGUCUGUUUUGUCAGAAGGCGUUCAGUCGCAGGGCUCAUAUGUUGGAGCAUCAGCAGUCCCACACUGAUAACUACCGCUUCAGGUGCUCCUCCUGCAACAAAGGAUUCACCAGACAGAGCUACUACAGAGACCACAAAUGUCCCGCAGUAGACAACGGGCAAGGACCUGAUGGAGACGCCGACGGGGACACAGAUGACGCCGUAGAAGAGCCGGCGUCACAGGAGAAGGACGGAGACGAAGAUGUGAGAGGGAACGGAUUCACAAGGAAACUGAAAACGACUGGGGUGGGGGGACACGAGGACGGGUCAAAGGGCAGCGAAGAACAGGUGGAAACGCAAGAGGAUGAUGAGGGGAUGAGGACUGAUGAAAGCUGUCGGGCUGCAAUGUCCAUCACAACAGAGAGAGAGGAAGAGGAGGAUGAGGAGGAGGAAGAGGAGGAUGAAGGCAUGGAACAGAGACUGGAGCAGAUUCAGAACAAUGACCAAAACUGUCUGCAGCAGCCAUGUUUGUAAACGGAGCAAUGGACUCAUUAUUUAUAAGAACCAGUCAUUUCUCACUGUUUUUUAAUUUAAACCUUUGAAUUA